UGUUGUCAUUUCUGAGAAGUGAACUCGUAAAUGGCGACGUAUGAAGACAAUCUUGUUGAUAUCCUAGAACUAUAAUGAUAAUAGUGUUAAUUCGUCCCAUAUUUUGAAUUUAAGAUCUACUACUGCGCUAUAUUAAAAUGGCAAACGUGUUCGAGCAGAGAAAAUCUAACAAAGUUACAUUGGACGAUACAACUCAGUUGUCAUGUUCGAUUGAGACAGCUCAGAAAAAAGACGAUCAUGUGGAGUACAUAAUACGUGUUCAAAGAGGGCCCCUUCGGGAUCACUCAUGGCAAGUAAUAAAGAGAUACAGUGACUUUGAGAAGCUUGAUGCCCAACUGCGUGUAACUAAUGUUGACCUGCCACUCCCUCCAAAGAAAGUCUUUGGGAACUUUGACAGAGACUUUAUAGCAGAGAGACAAAAUGGUUUACAGUCUUACCUAAAUGCCAUAACAAACAUACCUGUGAUAGCCAACAACAUUGUGGUUAAGAAGUUUCUGGACCUCAACAACUAUUCUUCAAACUUUUUAGAAAUAGCAUUGCAGCAUGUUUCCAUGAUCUUCCGAUCUGAGCCUAACUGGGAAGUUGUGGAGCCACUACCUGAUAUAGGGUGGAGAAUACGAAAGCACUAUAUUCUAAUUAAGCCGGUCACUCAACCUAAAGUUCGUCAGAUUCUCUCCUGGAUGGAGUAUGGUCCUGAUAUGUACCUCCUCGUUAAAGACUUGAGUGCAGUAAUCAGAGUUCUCCCAACAAUCAAGCAUCCUUAUAUUUUCCCUACACUUUCAUCUAUUGCAAAUGAAAACGGAUGCAUGGUCAUAAGAGACUUCUUAGAAAGUGGUUCCCUGCGUGACGUUGUUUGUAAAUGCAAGCCUAAAGGAAGCUACUUAAAAAAAUAUUCAAACCCUAAAAGUGUUGUGAGAUUAGAUUUUGGGACCAUAAAGAUCUAUGGGAAACAGAUAUUGGAAGCUCUUAAAUUUUUACAAGAAAAGGGCUUUCCUUAUGGUCACUUGCAUGCUGGGAAUGUUGUUGUGGUGAACAACACAUGUCAGCUGCUAGACUUGGAGAACAGUCUGAUGGGUCUACCUGGAUACUAUAGGGCAUUUUACACCCAGUUAAAAAAGGUCCAGACUUUGGAAAUGGUUGAUGUUUACUCUUUUGGUCAUGUGCUGUAUGAAAUGGCUUUUGGCAACCAGCUGACCACAGCUACUUGUGAUACGUUUCCUGCUGAAUGCCCUGCUCAAAUACGUUCUGUAUUGGAAUCUAUAUUGACAUCUGAAGCCUGCAAGAAUGGUCUCCCUUCUGUCACAGACUUGUUAUCUCAUCCGCUGUUCAGUGAUGUUUCCUUCCCUCCCUUUGUGAAUAAACCAGUGCUGAAAAUUCCCAGCAAAUUGAAAGAGAUAGUCAGAGCAGCCAAGGAGGAGAUAGAGAGCCGAUUAAAGAGUGACCAGAAGCUGCUCAAGCAAGUACAAAGGAUUUCCAAAGCUAAAGAGUUUCACAUGUCAGAGGAAGAAAAGAAGAAAAGAAGGAAGAGCAGGAAGAAAGCUUUAGAAAACGGCAACUCAGAUUCCACCAAGUCUGGCAACCAGAGUACGACGUCAUCAGUUUCAUCCCCACCACCAACACCAACAACACCCUCACCUGCAGGUCCAUCUAUCGCACCACCCCCGCCACCACCACCACCCUCAGCACCAGUUCCCCCUCCUCCACCCCCAGCAGGACCACCACCACCACCAUCCCCAGGAGGGUCUGCUCCUGCUGCCCCAGGAGCAAGAGGAGCCCUGCUGUCUUCCAUUACUGGUUUUAGCAAAAAUGCCCUCAAGAAAGCGGAGACAAAUGAUAGAAGCACGCCCAAAGUUUAGCAAGUGAACUAGAGGCCAAUACAAAGUUUAGCAAGAGAAAUAGAGGCACACACAAAGUUUAGCAAAUGAACUAGAGACAUACACAAAGUUUAGCAAGUGAACUGGAGACACACAAAGUUUAGCAAGUGAACAAGAAGCACAUACUAAGUUCAGCACGUGAAUGAGAGAUAUACACAAAAUUUAGCAAGUGAAAUGGAGAUAUACACAAAAUUUAGCAAGUAAACCACCAAACCCAAAGUUUAGCAAGUGAAAUGGAGCGACACACAAAAUUUAGCAAUUGAACUAGAGGCAUCUACAAACAUUAACAAGAAGACUUUUACUUGAUUAUUUAAUGGUGCAUAUUAUUUUACUUGGAUGUGUUCUAAAAAAUAUAAUUUAAAAUUGGACAUAAUGUGCUGAUGUUAUUUUACAAUGUUGACGCGCACCAGAACAGUUUCAAAUGUAUAAGGUAAUUAAAAGUUAAUUUCUCAUUCUAUAAAAUAUGUGACGUCUUAUACCUUGAAGCUCAGCCACUAACCUUUAUCCCAUAUUCAAAACAGAAUAUGGAAGCGACCUUUAAAACUGUAUAAUUUAUCAUUGUGAAAAAUAUUUUUUAAAAAUGUUUGGCUUGAGAAACCAAUUAUUUCUGGUGAACCCCCAUACUAAAAAAGACUUUAACUUUAAAAAAAAUGGAUUAAGAUUUAAAAAAAAAUUAAACUCUUGUCCGCUUUUAAUAUUAAAGAAUUUUCAGUUUACCCUUCUUCUGAAUUAUUUUGAAAUGUCACUUCCCAAUAAUUAUCAAUUCAUAUCUGAUUCCAAAGCUGUUAUCAGUAAAGUAAUUCUUAUUCAUAAUGAACAAUGAUUUGAACUUUCAUUUAAGCCCUGUGAGAAGAAUUUAGAAAGGAAGGUUGUUUAAGUUUUUAAAAUCAAACUUUUAAAACAAAACACCCUACUAAUUCAUCUUGUUACUGUUAUAUUUUUGCGUUGUGUACUCCAACAUUAUAACUCAUUCCUCUCUUAUUCAUUACCUCUUUUUACCCUGUUAGUGCUAUGCUAUGUUCCCUUUGUUUCCCUAGAGGCAUACAUUAACUUUAACUUAAACCGAUGCUUCAGUGUUCUUAUAAAUCAUAAGUGGUUUUAAACUUAUUUUUAUUUGUAUAAUUUGUUUGCAACAUGUUUUUAACUAUGCUGUGAAUUGGUGUUAAGGAAUUGUUAUACCAUAUUUUAAAUGUAUUUAUUCCUUUAAAUCUUUGUACUGCUUCAUAUUUAUUUUGAAGUAGCAUUAUCUUGCCAUGUACAAGUGUGUUUUACCAACUGAUGAAUUUGUUAAUCAUCAAGGUUUUGGUUAGUUUUUUUUGGUUUAGGUAGAGGAUUGCAGUAUGGGCAGUAGAUAGUUAUAUGGGAAUGAUUUGUCAGUUUAAAAAUUAAGAUAGGUGGAAUGAACUGUAAAUUUGAUUUAGCAGUGAGCCAAUUUUUAAAUAAGUAUUUUAAUAAUUGAUGCAUAUUCCCCCAAUAUAUUAUAAUUGAAAAAAGAUCUAUAGAACUUAAUAAUAGUCUUAAUUUAUUAUGUUGACCAUGCCAUAAUAUGUAAACAAGACUUAAUUAAUUGAAAGGACUUGUACUUUUUUACACGUUUUAUUUUAAUGAUCUUAUAGAGUUGAUACCAAUGUAGAUGUGGUUACGUAACAACAGCAUUCUUAAGUUACCUUUGGUUCAUCAUCUAAUGUGUCUGUUAGCUUUUAAUAAAUUCACAAGCAUAGUAGAUACCUUUCAGUUUGUGUGAAUACAUUUUUAUAAAUUUAACAACUGUUUUUAAAAUGACAAUAUCCUAAAAGUGUGAAAAUAACGUUUCUGUUUGAUUAUUUCAAAAAUCUGUAAAUUUUGAGGAUUUGCUAUAAAUUACAAUAUAGAAUUUAAGCAUAUGUGUAGUUUACAUGAGCUUGGAUGAGCAUGAGGAAGAAACAAAUUUAUUUGAGCAUUUUAUUCAUGCUGAAUUUAACCCGUAUUUGCAUACCAUUUAAUUUUGGUGUGUUGUUUUUUAAAAACAAAAUUUUUUGUGAAACUGACUUGAACAUGGUGACAGCUGUGGCAUUGUCUUUUUGUAACCAUGUCAUGAACUGUUCAUAAUAUUGUAGGGCAAGCAAGGGCUGUAACCCCUGGCUGUUUUGGUUUUGCAUAGUUGUCUGUCCAGUGGUGUGUUGAAAUGACAGAUAUUUCCUCACUUGGCUUGACAGUUGUGUCACAGAUCUGUCACUUGAAGGCAUUAUGAUUUGUUUCAAUUUCCCCACAGUAAACAAAGUGUAGAACUUGACAGAUAUUAUGACCAAAAUAUAAACAACUUCUAAUCACCCAGUGACAUUUCACACCAAACACUGUUUACAUUUGUGAGAUGUAUACUAUACAUGUCUAGGAAAAACUUGUUUCCGUGGGGAAAAAUGUUUUCGUAUAACUAUAACAUUAACUUGUUACGAGAUUUCUAGACUUGUAUAGUAUGUAUAUCUAAUGUAAAAAACCCCAUGUAGAACAAAUGUUUUUAAGCUUUAUGUGAUUCUUGCCACUGAUUACACAAAUCACAUUUUAUUAGCUAAAUUUACAAUUCUUGACAAAUAGUAAUCAUUAACAUUCAAUAGUAAACAAUAUAUAAACAUUCUUAGUAAGUUUAGGAAUGGCAUGUGUUUCAAAAGUAGUUUUACUGUUUCAUUAGGCAGUAUCACCAAUGAAGGUAGAUUUGAAUUGGUACUAUUCUUCACUAUUUAGUAAUUUUUAUUAUUCCUGUUAUGUGCUUGUUGAUACCUAUCACCUUUGUCGCUCAUUUUCAACUAAUGCCAAACUAAAUUUUUAAAUGUAGUUAUUGAAAUAUAAAAUCCAUUUUGUAAAUAUUGUUACUGUUAUAAAACAAAAAUGUGUAUCAAGCUUGUUUAAAGCACACAAGUUCCAUAUUUUAUAUAGUUUUUAAAAAUGAAAAUCUUUACAUUGUUUGAAGUUCAAACAAAAUUUGACUACAUUAAAAUUGAUUCUAUUUUUUAUGGUUUCGUGAACCACAUUUGAAUAAUGCUGUUUUUGCUUAAAAUUUACAAUAUCACUAAUUUCAGAGUAAUUUUUCAGGAAAAGUAUUUUUUUUUAAUUUAAAACAAAUUCCGGAAUAGUGUAAAUGUAAAUAUAUACAAACUACAAAAAAAAUAUAAUUUUUUACCUUUACUUCAACUAAAUUGUAAGUUUAUAUACAAAAAUUAGAAGCAUAUUAAAUAAUCUAAUGAACAUGCAUAACUGUUAAUACAAAUUAAUAAUUUUUCUCAUUUUGUUUUGUACCUAUUUUAUUGUUUUCAUGGGUUUGUUUUGGUAAACAAAAUGUACUGUUUGUGAUGUUAGGGCACUUAAUUUAUACAUAUUUAUACUAGAUUGUGAGGUCAUUGAUAUUUACCACAUUCCACUUUUUUGAUGUGAUCAGGCAUUCUAGAAAGAAAAAAAAUACCCCACUACUACAAUGCUGCAAAAUUUUAUGUAGGCUGAAUAUUUUGUAUCAAAAUUAGGUUUUUAUCUAAAACUUUCAUAAUUAAUAGUCACACAGGCAGCUGCAAUUUUUUUGUACCUCUGUAUUCUAUAAGUUUAAUUUCUUGACCACUGCCCACCUUGUGACAGCUAUCAACUUCUCCGGUGGAUCAGCUGAGUAUCUUGGCAGCCAUCCACCAUUGAGUUGGGUGUUAUUUAACUAAAGUUGUUCGCUAAAUUUUGGCUGCUAUCCACUGUACAGUUGUCCACAGUCUAGUUGUCCACUGUUUUAGCUAAACAACUGGGUGUUUAUUAAAAUGUGACAAGUUCAUCCAAAAAUGUGUAAGUUGUAGAGGGUUAAAAUGUUUUUUUAAAGUCAAUUGUUUUUAUUGUGUUUAUUGUUGGUUAAAAUCUCAGUCUUCAGCAUUUUUUUUGUUAGCUUAUGCUCACAUUAAACAUUUUGGAUUGCAAAAUGCUGUCUUAUUCAAUUCUGGACAUUAUGUCAGGAUUAAACAUAAAGAUAAAAUUAACAUUUGGAGGUUGCCAGUUGUUAUUUCAUUGGGCCUUGUUCAGAGAUUUAAAAGUGUUCAUUUUUUUUUUCCUAAUCAGUUCUGAAAAGUGAACAGUCAUACACAGCACACAUCAUGAAAGGAAUGUUAUUUAAAUUUUGUUAAAACUUAUAUGUACUGUAAUAUAAGUAAUUUUUUCUUAUUUUUGAUUAUUUCAUUAGCAGUGCUAUUAUUUUAUUUUGCCAGCAUUGUCAUAAACUCCUCACAAUACUUUAAAACAUGCUGUCUUAUUUAUUCUUAAUUUGUUCACAUCAUAUUUUAUCUCAACACUAAAUUUUGAUGUUUGUAUUGUCUAGUCUAAGCCACAUGUAAACAAUUAAAUCGCCAUGACCAUACAAAUAUGCUUAAUCAUUUUACACAGGUCACUUGAAAUAAAGUUUAAAAUAGACAUUUAUGAAUUGCAUUUAUUUGAUGGGAAAUUCUUAAAAUAAGUAUAGGUGAUGGUAGGAAAUAAUUCUUUAUGAGGGAAAAGGGAUACUCUUAUUCAGGUAAUAAUCAAAAUAGGUAUAAUGGUAUUCAUUUGCUACAUGUUUAAUAUAAAGAUGUACACACUUAAAUACAACAUAUUAUUAAAUGUGUUUAAUAGUGACCUUUUUUAGUGCAGGUUAAAUAUAUGUUCAGUUUUGAUUAUGAUAUUUUAAAUCUAUUGUAUUAUGUUAGUCAAAUACUUUGUUUUGUUUUUUUUGUGGAAAGUAAAUAUUUGUGUAAACUAUUCAAAAAAUUCAAGUAGAUUGUGGCAGUCUUGAUUGAGGGUUAAAAAGUUGUUAUAAAUAGAUAAGAUAAUCCUGAAUCAAUUUGAAAUUACUUGUUUCAUCAAAAUCAGAUUAUGAUUUUUAACUUAACUAUGAUGUCAUUAUUUAAAGGUGAUAAACAAUUUGUCUGAAGUUAAUUUCGUUGAUAUUAUUGAACAUUCAUAAUCCAGACGAUAUUUUGUUUCGUUAUGUGAUAUCACUGUUUAAAAAAUAUGGAUUGUUUUCUUGUUUGUUGCUCAUAUUUUAUUUGAUGUCACAAUAUCUUCAUUUGUACCUACUAAAGUGUUGCUUUUAUGAUUUUAGGAAAUGUCUUUCAGAUUUGACUGGUUUUAAAAUAAACAUUAUAAUAUAUUAUCUUUUACUCUAUUCUCCAUUAAUUAUUACAUCCAAUAAAUUAUUUAUCAUCUUUUGCAAAGUUUUUGUCUAUUUAAUGUUAACACAAUGAUACGCUUUCUUUUCAAAUUUAAGUGAAGAAAAAUACUAAAAUUUGUAAGAAAAUAAAUGUUUUUAGUUUAAUAAUAUAAGCUGUCA